AUGAUUCUCGCUCUCGCUGUUGUGGCCAUUCUGGUGCUGGUGGCGGUCUUGCGCCAUCUUUUCCAGUCCGACUCCGAAUUCUCUUCAACUGAGAUCGGGCUAGAAGACUUGAAAGCACUAAGAAUACGCCAUGAUGUUCACUCGGCAUUCAUGGUCAUGGUCAACGAUGAAGGCGCUGGAUCAUGGCCACCGCGAGCUACUCAUGACGACUUCCCGCCAGCGCUCCGUCCCUACCAGCACAUUUACGCAGCCAUGGCGCCAUUGCUCCCAUACGCCAACCCAUCACUUGACGAUGAGUGCAACAAAAUACGUAUCGCAGAUUUUCGUUCCCGUAUGCAGACUCUGCUCACCGAGAAGGUUGAUGUGGAUGCGGUUCAGAGUAUUCUGGAACUCGUUGAGUCGGGCAAUUGGGAUGCCUUCCCACGAGACGCCUACAAUGGUUUCUACUCGUGCAUUGCUUGCUUGCGCCACGCUUAUCGGUGGUCAACGAAUCCAGUCGUGAGGGUCGCCCAAGAAGAAAAGCAACUUCGCUUCCCCUCGGAGCUGGACAUGCCAUGGUCCUUUUUGCAGCGCAGAUACGAUAUCACGUCUCCCAGUGGGAAUAUCACGGCAAACAUUCUGUGCAAUCUUGAUCCAAAUGGGCAGAUAACAUAUCCGAUAAAUGAAGGCAUGUCUGACGAGAUAAAGAGAAACGAACUCACUUGGUGUCACAUAUUCUACGACUCGGAAUUCCUGGCUAUCCCGAUUUAUUAUUACAUGAUCCAAGCCAUGGUCAGCUUCGAGCGGGGUGACAAGCGAUCAUGUCUUGCUCACGUGGAAACAGCCUCGACCAAGCUGCGCAAGGUGUUGCUCUAUCUGUAUGAGAAGAUGAACGAACCUUAUGUGUCCCGCGCGAUUUGGGUGAGACAUGUCUCAGGUGUUCAUAGCUGGGGCAUGACACACGAGAGCGACCGCUGCCCCGUCGAGUAUGGUGGCCUGUCCGGAAGCCAGAUCCUCCUCUUCUUGGCGGUAGAUGCAUUCCUCGGAAUUGAGCGCUACCACACAAAUGCUCAACACAAGAUGCAUAUCUUGAAGAACUUCAGAAACGUAGCUGAGACUAUACGCAGACAUUCUUUUCGACAUCAACUAACAGGAAAAUCCGACGAAGAUGUUGCCAUCGAAAACGCAUUUCAACGCAUCAUCAAGCAGCUACGGUCUUUCAGAGCUGUUCACAAGGUCCGGGCGGUCCGUUAUCUCUCGGCCCCUGCCCCCGAGAGAGUCCCCAUGACAGCGGCACUCUCCGUUCUACCACGCAAAGGUGAAGAGGGACAAGCCGCGGACUCUUUCAAGUUCAUUGACGAAGUUCUGACAAAGAGGUUGAACGAAACACUGUAA